AUGGCCGAUGGACAUAAUUUAUGGGCUAGCAGCGGUUAUACCGUUAAUAAUCCAGCAGCGUGGGCUCCACCUCCCGUCAUACCUUCGGGUUCUUUACAAACUCAAAGGUACGAUCAAACACCGAGGCCCAUUAAAAGACACAUGAGCGAAAGUGACGAUUGCGAAGAUGUUUUUAGCGAAGAAUCUUCCAAAGAAAGGUGUUCGAGUCCUAGCGAGGAUUGUCAAAUGGGAUUUUCAAGGAAAAAAAGAAGAGGAAUAAUUGAAAAAAGACGAAGGGAUAGAAUAAAUUCAAGUCUUUCAGAAUUGAGACGUCUCGUACCGACAGCAUUUGAAAAACAAGGUUCGGCCAAAUUGGAAAAAGCCGAAAUACUCCAAAUGACAGUUGAUCAUCUUAAAAAUCUUCAUGCCAAAGGAUUGGAUGCUUUGGCCUACGAUCCUCAUAAAUUUGCCAUGGACUAUCACAGUAUAGGUUUUAGAGAGUGUGCAGCAGAAGUUGCUAGAUAUCUAGUCACGGUUGAAGGAAUGGAUAUUCAAGAUCCUUUGAGGUUAAGAUUAAUGUCACACCUUCAGUGUUUUGCAGCUCAAAGAGAACUUGCCUCGAAACAAGCUUCCACAGCUUGGAAUUACAAUUCGUACAGUGGCAUACACGAUUAUACUCCGACUAAUUCUUACGAGAUGUCGUCGUCGACGGCGCACCACCAAGCCAUAACUCCUCAUCACGUGCCCACAAUAUCAUCAACUCCGGUUUCGCACGUUUCCAACACUCCGAUAACAACACGACAACAACCGACAUCCAUUCAACAAUCGGAUAAUCGUUUGCAACCGACAGAAUCAUCUGAAACCAUGGUACGACACCAUACGGAAAACAUGAGCCCAGAUCGUCACCUUCAACAUUCCGAAACGAAUAGGCAAAUACAAAACAAUAUACAAACGACAAACUAUCAAAAUCCAUAUCCGGGAGGAUUUUCGCAACAAGGUUACAACACUUCCGGACAGGUAAAACCUUAUCGUCCUUGGGGUGCAGAAGUUGCUUAUUAA